GCGGUCGCGCGCAGCCGGAGAAGUAGAAACGAGAGCAAGAGAGGCAGUGAGAGAAAGAGAGAGAGAGAGGGGGCAGUGAAGAAGUAGACAGAGAGAGUGGUAGGGAGAGGGGGAGAGUGGAUCGGGCGUGACUUUCUCGCGCGGCCGUUUUCGUUUUCGUUUCGCCGCAGCCGGGCGCGCCUUCCUCGGGACUGGUCAGAUGCCAGGCUGCAGCCGCCGCUGACGGACACAGCUGCGGACCACAGCUGCAGACACAGCUGCGAGGACACACUCACCCUACCGUCGACUGCACAGCCGCCGCUGCAGACAUGGGCGGCCCUGUUACGUUGUUGAUGUUGGCGCUUCUGGCCGCGCCCGCCUUGCCUCGACCGGCUGAGGUGUCUGUCAUCACGGAACCCAGGCCAGGGGAGGAGUUCGUGCUCUACCACGCGGGGGAUGCCGGGCAGCGACGCACUGUCAGAGAGUUCGCGACUUCCCACCAGAGCCCGCACGCGUCGCGCGCCGCCUCCGACCUGGAGGCGGUGCUGGAGGAGCAGGAGGUGGCGGGGGCGGAGAGCCGCCCCGGCGCUGGCGCAGGCUCGGCCCGCGCCCAGCCCAGCAAGCGAGACGUCGACGUCGACCCCGAGCAGCUGCGAGCCGCCGAGGCCCUGCUGGGGGCGCUGCUCCACCCGAAGGACACUCUGCCGCUGCCCCCGGCCAGGAAAGUCAGCGUGCGGCCGCAGGCCGACAUCGGGGUCAUAGAGGAGCAGCCAGUGGGCGUGGACGAGAAGCGCAUCAUGUCUAAGAAGAAGACCCUGUCGACCAGCACAUCGACGUCCUCCUCCUCAUCAUCAUCCAGCCCGGUGUCCAGCAAGAAGCCCUCCAGGCGCCGGCCGGAGCCCGCCGAGGUCGAGGUGGAGGUGAUGCCCGCCGCCGUGGCAGGCGUGGCCCCCCGCGGCGAGGGGGGCGUGCCCCCGCUCAAGGGCAUCCUGCUGCCAGAACACAGUGGCGAGCAGCAGCAGCAACAACAGCAGCAGCAGCAGCAGGAACAGCAACAACAACAGCAGCAGCAGACGACGCCCGCCCCCGGCCUGCCGCUGACGCCGCCCCCGCCGUUCGACAUGGUGCCGGUGAACUCGGUGGCCAAGCCGCGGCCGCCGCCCCCGCGCGUCGUGGGGCUCAAAGACGCCGACCUCAGCCUGGAGACGGCGGCCGCCGGGUCGGGGCCGCAGACGCGCGUCGAGGUCAAGAAGGGACCAAACGGGCAGGACUAUGAGUACGAGUACGUCUACUACUACUACGACGACGACGACACGGCGGAGGCAGACUCGUCCGCCGCCCCCGACGCCGCCCCCGAUGCCGCCAGCUCCGACACCACCAGCUCAUCCUCCACGACCACCAGCACCACCACCACGACCACGACGACCACAACCACCACCACGACCACCCCGGAGCCCACCACCACGACCACUACCACCACCACGACGCCACCUCCGCCUCCCCCGCCGCCUCCGGCGCCGCCGGCGGUGAACUCCGUCCGCAAGCACGGCCACAGGAAGGACCGAGAGGACGGCGAAGGCGGCAGGACCCGCACCCGCAGCCGCAGCCGUGGCCAGUCGUCGGCGCCAGUAGAGGAGGAGUCUUCGUCUGCAGAUGACCUGUCAGUGAAGGCCAGCUCCGGCCGUCGGCGCUACACCUCUCUGGACAGGGGUGCCGCCAGGGACAAGGCCCCCAGCAGCAGCAACAACAACAACGGCAACGCACCAGAGGCCAACGAAGUCCUUCCGCCACCCAGGAGGUUCCGCGGCCGCACGCUGGGCCGCCCGGAGGCGGAAUCAGACGCCGCCGCCGCCCCCGCGCCGCCCCCAGAGGGUGAGCCGGUACCCGAGGAGCGACUGCCCGCCUCCACGCGCUUCCCGGCGCGCACCUCCGCCCCCCAGCAGUCGCCCGCCGUCCGCCGCCCCAGCCUCGAGCUGGUCGACAGCUCCUCGUUCCGCACGCACCACGGUGGGGGCGGCGCCACCCCCGCGGGGGGAGAGGAGUCAGCCCCCAGCUUCCCGCAGCGGCUGCCCGCCGGGCCCGUGCGUUUCCUGGGGGUGACCCCCGAGGAGAAUGGCGAGCCGGCCGCGGCGCCCCAGACCCACGGGCGCUACCGACCCAGGGGGCACUCGUCGACCACCACCACGACCAGCACGACCACGACCACGGCCGAGCCCGAGCCGGAGGAGGCGUCGACCAGGCCCACGAGGGGGCGCGGACCGCACAUCCGCCGGCAGCACUCGACCACCCCCAUCACGGCCGCCCCAACCACAGAGCCCAGCACCACCACCACCACCACCACGACCACGACCACGCCUGAGCCGCCACCUGCACCAGUCGACGAAGUAGACCCCACCGCUGAGGCGCCUGCCGUACCCAGGAGGGACAGCUUCGCGGUGUCGCGAGGCGGACGCCCUCGGCCAGCGCCGGAGGAGGAGGAGGAAGAGGCGGAGGAGGAGGCGGAGCAGCCGGGCAGCGCGGAGGCCUACCAGGAGCGGCGGGCCACCACGGAGGGCUGGGCGGCGGCGACCGGCGCCGGCGGCUGGAACACGGCGUCGACGGCGGCGCCGCCCACCGACGCCACGACGGAGCAGGAGGCGGCCGGGCUGACGGCGGCGGCGGGCGACCAGGCCGCGCUCCAGCUGUACGCCGUGCUGCGCCAGGCCGAGGGCGUGCGCGACAACUCGGUGCUCGACGACCUGGAGGACGAGCUCGCCGGCGCCACCGACGGCUACCUGGCCGGCGUCGACGAGAUCCUGACGACCACGGAGGAGGAACCCGCGCCGGCCCCCACAUCGCCGAGCACCACCACCACGACCACGACCACCACGACAACCACGACCACGACUCCGGCCCCGACGACGACGACGACGACGACGACGACAGAGGCGCCGGCCCCGGCCGGUGGCAGGCGACGCGUGCGCCCCAAGCCCGGGGGCAGGUUCCGCGGGGGCGGCGCCAACUCCGCCUCGACGACCACGACCACGACCACAGAGGCCGCACCCGAGAGCAGCACGCGCGCCAGGAGCCGCUUCGGCAGUGGAGCCGCCUCCAGGCCCGGAGGCAACUUCGGCUCGCGACGCAAGGCAUCCACGGCGGCGCCCAGCAGGGACUCGUCGGAGGAGGUGAAGGAGGAGGCGAAGGAGGUGGCGGCGCCCGCCCCCCGGCCAGCGCGCGGCCGCUUCGGCGGCGCCAGGACGCGCUCAACCACCGCCGCCCCCGCAACCACCCAGCAGCAGCAGCAGCCGGCCGAGGAGGGCUCUGCGCCCCCUGCCGCCCCCGCCGCACCCCACAGGCCAGCGCUGCCUGACAGGCACAGCGUGCUGGGCAGACGGCGUGGUGUGAUCCGCCCCACGACGGCCGCCCCCGCUGCCCCCGCCGCCCCCGCCGGAGAGGCCGAGCCGGCACCACCCGCCCCCAGCGCCGCGCCCGCCGCCCCCGCAGAAGACGCCUCUGCAGAGAGUGCCUCUGAGGCCAGCCCACCAGCUGUCACUAGGCCCGGCAGGGCUGGAGUUCGCCCCCCGCUGGGCGGCCCCCGCCCCCUGCGGCCCGGCCCACGCAUCGGCGCGCUGGCCGCAGGCGGCCGCCCCCGCCUGCCCGGCGCCGCCCCCGCCGCCCCCGCCUCCACAGCGGCGCCAGACGCCGCCCCCAGUCCCAGCUCGACGCCGGCGCCGGCGGCGGACCACGAGGAGGACCACGCAGCUCCAGCCGCCGCCGACGACGCCGCCCCCGCCUCGCAGGAGGAGUCGAGCCCGGCGACGGCGGCGGACGCGCUGAGCAAGCUGCGCCAGCGGCCGCGCCUGCGCGUGCAGCCCGCCUCCAGGGCGCCCGCCCCCGCCGCCCCCGCGCGCCGAGGCCUCCCGCGCACCGGCGCCGCGCUGGCGCGCAGGCCGGCCGCCCCCGCCGCCUCCACCGCCGCCCCCGAGGACGCUGAGGAGCACGAGGCGCAAGAGUCAGCAGAGAAGUCGGCCAGCGAGGAGCCGCCCGCCCCCGCCGCCCCCGAGUCGGCGGACAGCGCCGCCCCCGCGGCAGAGCCCGCCCCCACGACGCCCGCCUCCGGCCUGAGCCGCCUCCUCGCCAAGCGCCGGCCGCUGGUUCGCCGCCCCCAGCCACAGACAGCAGCAGCUACGGCCUAGGCGUCCAGCUGUCUCAUCUCGCCGCGAGGAGCCACAGUCGCACGUCUCACAGACGACCCCGACGAUUCCCCCCCCCCUCCUCCUUCCCAUAGCCCCCCCCCCUCCCAGCACCUAGCCGACCCCCUCCAAUCCGCCGCCUAACCCUGCCAAAUUUCCCACAUGCUCCUCCUACUGUGGGGGUCUCUCCACCCACCAGACCUACACACGAGUCAGUAGCAGACGUCGCAACUCGACCGGUGUCCCAAAGGCGAUGAUCACAAUUUUGUUACGAACGUUGAGGUGGACCGACUACACAAAGCAGACUUGUCUCCAAACACUUUAUAAGUUUCUCUCGAAGAAACACGCCAGAUGGCACUAUCCUAUGCUUCCCAACCUCCUUAUCUUCCACAGACCAGGUAGAAUAUCUAGCAGAUUGUGUCGAACACAUCUGCGGUGGUGUCUACAGAAAUCUCAAGUCAAUAAUGAGAGAAAGUUGAAUAUAUCUAUCUUCCAUGUGCAGCCACAGCAGAUCUGAUGAAUUGCCAAACCAGCACCUUCAUACUUCAUCAAACUUUAUUAAAUUCCUUCUACAUCCAAACGACUCCAAUUGACUCAUUCUUUUUACAGACAGUGAUGGCGUCUCUUAUCAGUUCAUUGGUCCUCCUCAACAUAUUACAACCAAUUUCAUAAUCUUGAAAGUUGAACUCCAUCUGGGCAUAGUUUUAGCUUCUUAUUUACCAAAUUUUUCUAUCACACAAUAUCCCAAAACAACGUCCAGCUUCACUUGUAAAAAACAAAUGGCACAACCUUGACUCUGAGAUGGGGUUCAAAUGGGAUAAAACCAUGGAGCUAGUGCUGGCCUCACUCCACAUUUAAACCCAUCAUCUUUCUCGAAAUACGCAACCCUUAUACGUGAAUGAAAGGCGCAAAAUGCAAACAAGCACUAGCUCUUAUGAUCUCAAACUGCCGAAACGUGCAGAUGCUUUCUGCUCUGCCCGAUUUACUAACUCAAACUGUAAAUAAGUAUACUGGUCUUCGCAGACGAUAUAUAGAAUUUGGCGUGGCAGGGGGCGUUGAGGACAUCGACACAGUCUCACAGUGCUGUUCCCUUCAGAGGACUGGUGUGGUCAGCUGGGAAUAGUACUGCCAGUUAUUUCUACUGGAGGCUUAAAAUCGUGACAGGAGAAGGACUCAGAAAAUACACAACUCUCACUCUUGAAGUGACUGAUGUAAAAUUAGACCGCUCACCUGAUUUUAAUCCCGAUGUUUACUGGUACACUUGACGAAUUUGUGUCAUGACCAUAGUCCUUCCUCUAGCAAAAUCUUUACUUUUCAGCCUGCACAACCCGACUCUCCCUGCCAUUACCUCAGCCCUGAAAUGAGCCUGAUGGACACACACACACACACACACACACACACACACACACACGCACACACACACACAUACUCCCAGAUGAGGCACCACUGCAUCCCACUGCGGUUCUCCUUGGACCGUGGCUAUGAGGGACACGCAGGUGCCCGUACUAUUCCUCCUGAUGAGCCACUAUCCCGUCCCCCUCCCUCGUUACUGGGACCCCUAUUAUUACUAUUACUAUUAUAGUUUUUGCUACUAGUACUAGCACCAUCCACUGGCUGGUGUUCGUUUUACUUGUGAGUGUGCAGCCCUACCCUGAGCUGCCAGUGUGAAAGUGCCAAGACUCUUCUUAUUGUUUGUUUUUUAUUGUCUCCCUCUCCUCAUUAUUUUUGUACAUAUUGUAUUUCCACACUUGAUGCAUUGAAUUGAUUGAGAGGAAUAAAACAUAUUAUUACAACUUA